GAUGGUCGCUAUCAAACCGGGCCUUUAUCUUUGAAUCCCCUGAUCUUUCUUGUUUGUUGUCCUCAUCGCUGUGCCGGACUGAUAGAGUUGAUAUUGCGACCUUAGUUGAGGGGCAUCGCAUCCAUACGACUGAUACGAGUCACUUGGACUCUACCGCCAUCAUGGCCUCCAAAUCACUCAUCCCGUUCCUCGUGGGGAUGAUGCUACUCACGGGCGUGUGUAAUACUCUGCUCACUAAGUAUCAGGACAAUCAAUGCGUCCGGAACUGCGACUCCCCCGAUCCUAUGGAACGCGAAACCUUCCGGCAGCCCGUUCUCCAGACCGCCCAGAUGUUCGUCGGCGAGAUGGGCUCCUGUCUCAUCAUUCUCUGCGGCCAGAUCUACAAGAGCUACCAAGCCCGGAAGAGCUCCGGCUACGACCCGGUUCCCCAAUCCGAUGCCACCGACGAUGAUGUAGACACGCCGGCGGCACCGAACGGUAGCGAAUCAGAAGGACCGCCCAGGAAACCGCUGGGUGCCGCCCAUCCGGAACGGAUCCCGCUUAGCGGAUAUAAGGUCGUCUACCUUGCCUUACCGGCAUGCUGCGAUAUCGCGGGGACGACACUCAUGAACGGCGGCCUGUUGUUCGUCGCGGCGAGCAUCUAUCAAAUGACGAGAGGCGCCCUGGUUCUAUUCGUCGGGUUGUUCAGCGUGAUUUUCCUCAAGCGCCACCUUCACCUGUACAAGUGGUUCGCACUCUUCAUCGUCGUCACCGGUGUCGCUGUCGUCGGACUCGCAGGCGUGGUCGAGGGUCGAGAAACGCUGCUGCCCCCUGGCGAAGAGGCGUCGACGCUGGGUGCCGUGGCAUACGGUGCAAAGGCUAUCGUCCGGGGCACUGUCGACGAGAUUCGGGAAGUGGAGUUGUCGGUCGCGGUCAAAACCAUCCUCGGGGUUCUCUGCAUUGCCUUCGCGCAGGUCUUCACGGCCACUCAGUUUGUGGUGGAAGAGCGACUCAUGGAGAAGUACUCGGUCGAUCCGCUUACGGCGGUGGGGUGGGAGGGCAUCUGGGGGUUCUCGGUGACGGUCAUCGGCAUGAUUAUUCUGCAUGCUGCGUAUGGGAGCACGGCUGCGGGGCAAUAUGGCUACUUUGACGCUCAGGAGGGACUCAAAGAGCUGUUUGGAAACCGAGCGAUUGGCAUUAGCAGCAUUCUGAUCAUGAUCUCCAUUUGUGGUUUCAAUUUUUUCGGCCUCAGCUUGACAAGGAGUGUCUCAGCAACAUCUCGGUCCAUAGUCGACACGUGCAGGACAUUGUUUAUCUGGAUGGUGUCGCUCGGCCUUGGCUGGGAGAGUUUCAAGUGGCUUCAGGUUCUGGGCUUCGCGAUGCUGGUGUACGGAACCUUCCUUUUCAACGACUUGGUUCGGCCGCCUCUAGCAGCCUGUAUCCCAAGCGAGGACGGCGAGACCGAGCCACUGCUACCCGAGACACCUAUUGAGCAUAAUUGAUCCGGGUGCAUUAUGCAUAAUGUGGCGUAUUUUAGGACAUGCAGUCAGUUUGGUAUUUAAGUCAUCGUUGGGUAUUGUGUGCGGUUCUGCUCUUAUGAUUAUAUGCAGUCCGGUGUUUUGAGCAGGCGAGAAAUUUCUAUAGACCAAUGGCAGCCUAGAAAAGGAU